GGCAAAAUACAAAAUUUUCCUUAUAUAAAUUCACAAAUCCGCCUCUCCAUGCACCAAACUAAACUCAUUCCCACAAAGGCACAAACCCAAAUCUUUUCACUCUCUGUUUCAGUUCCACCAUGACACAUCCCAUUCUAUUGCUUGGAUUUCUAAUAGUACCAUACUUUUAUGGUUCUCAGGCUGAAAAUUCCUUCUCACAAUACUGGGAAGAACAUAUUGGUCUUCCAAACCCUCCUCAUUCAUUAGCUGCAAAGGCUUCUCCAUUAAGCCUCUAUCAGGUGACAGUAUUUAUGAAACUUAUGGAGGAAAAUGAAUUGUCUUCUCACCUGCAUUCAUUUUGUAUGCAAGCUAACAUUGCUUGUUCUACAAAUACGCUAGUGAAGAAGACAACAGAUGACACAACCCUACCACCAAUAGCCCAGUGGAAUUCUGGAAGAGUGGUUUAUGAAACCUCUCCAAAGGACACACCCCUCUCAGUUUCCAAACAAGGGGGAUUGCCAUAUUUUCGUGAGUCAAUGGUGAAAGAAGGAGGUUUCAUGCCUAUCCCUGAUCUAAGAGACCCAAUUUCAUAUAAAUCAUUCUUACCGCGAACUCUGGCAUCGAAAAUCCCAUUUUCUUUAGCUCGGAUCAACGAAUUAAAGAAGAUUUUUGGUGUAGUAGAUGAAUCAAACAUGGAUGAGUAUAUUCAAAACACCCUCGAGACAUGUGAAAAGAGACACAUUCAAGGUGAGCAGAAUACAUGUGUUACUUCUGCUGAGGAUCUAAUUGAUUUUGUUGUCAAGAAGUUAGGGCACCAUGUAGGUGUCUGGAGUACUGAGAGCAUCGAAGGAUCCUAUGAGAAUGUCACGAUUGGAGCUGUGAAACUUAUAUAUGGAAACCUCUCCGAACCACCAGUUAUAUGUCAUAGUCAGCCAUUCCCAUUUCAAGUCUACUAUUGCCAUAUUUUACAAAAAGUAAAACUAUAUGCAGUUGAUAUACAUGCUCGGAAGAAAGUGAAUCAUGCGAUCAUGGCAUGCCACUAUGACACAUCAAUUUGGAGUCCAAACCAUCAUGCUUUUCAGAUGUUGGGCUUUGGGCCUGGCCUAAUUGAAGUUUGUCAUUGGGUAAACGAGAAUGUAGUAGUUUGGACAAAGACUCUAGGUUGAGCAGCAUUUGAAGAUAUGAUUAUCUUCCAGUUCUCUUGUUUGUGUUAAAUGUGUUACUACUUAUGCUAUUUGAAGGAUAAAUAAUGACCUAUUUUGGUCUACUUA